GGAAAUUUUUAUUUUUUUCUUGCUUCCCAAUAAUAAAUAAUUAUUGGCAGAAAAUAGAAAUUCUUCUUCUAGGCCUUUGAUGUGCUGUGCUGUCUCAGUAGCUCCGUUGAUGCCAAUUGUAUUGUUAGCCCACCUGCUGUCUACCCUUUUCCCCUUCUUCUUCUCCACAUCGAACACAAACGCAAACUCUGCUUCUUCCUCUCCCCUUCGUUACUUCCAAUGCCCCUCUUCCAUUUCCUUCCAUAAAUUCCCCGCCUUUCCCUUCCCCACCCACUUUUCUCCUGCAUUCCCCUCUUCCUCUCCCCCCAAAACCCAAUUGCCCUCUCCUCGCUGCAUCUCCAAUGGCGCCGCCUCCGAUCAAAAUCAACAAAUCAGCGACGGCUCAGUCGCUCAGCAGCUCCACCACCACGGCCACAGAUGCGCGGCUCCUCGUACGUGAAACCCUCCGGAUUAGCGCCAAUCUCGCUUCCGCUCCUCCGCUUCCUUCUCCUACGAUUGCGUCCAAUUCGGCGGCGCAUCAGCAGCUCCCAACCGCCGCCGUCGUGGUGCCCACCGUUUACCCCGAUAGGAUGAGGAUGGGGCUGGUGGAAGAUGAGUUCGUUCAAUCGAGUCUCAGAUUGAUCUGCUGCGAGGAGAUUGAUGGCCGCCGCUGGAAGUACGUCGCCGAGAAUGAUGGUUCUGGCCGGUUUAAGAAGAAUUCGAUUCGUGCUGUCUGCUUGCACACACCCCAGGCGCCCGUUGAGGAAUUGGUGUCAUUCAUAAGAUCCUACGUGGUGCCAGAAGGUUUCCCUGAUAGUGUCACUCCAUCAUAUGUUCCUUAUAUGACUUUCAGAGCUUUAAAGCAUUUCUUUGGUGGGGCAAUGGGCGUUUUCACGACAAAGACCCUUUUAAAUGCUGUUGGAGUUGCUCAUAAGCAAGCCAUUCCAGGAGCUGUCGCUAUUAAUUGGAUUCUUAAGGAUGGAGCUGGUCGUGUUGGAAAAAUGCUUUUUGCUCGGCAGGGAAAGAAAUUCGAUUAUGAUCUGAAACAGCUGAGAUUUACUGGUGACCUCCUCAUGGAGCUAGGUGCUGGGGUAGAGUUGGCAACUGCUGCUUUUCCACACCUUUUUCUUCCUAUGGCAUGUGCGGCAAAUGUGGCCAAGAAUGUUGCAGCUGUGACAUCUACCUCUACACGUACACCAAUCUACAAAGCCUUCGCUAAAGGUGAAAAUAUUGGGGAUGUCACCGCCAAGGGAGAGUGUGUCAGCAACAUCGCGGAUUUGGUAUGCUUGACUGGUUCUUCAUUGACUUGUAUGGUUCAGCAUGAGUUAUCAAUCAUAUGGCUUACAAGAAGAAAUCCUUCACUGGUGACCACAUUUUCACUCCUUUCAUGUGGGUACCUCCUCAGCUCUUAUCAAGAGGUACGAUCUGUGGUUCUGCAUACCUUAAACCGAGCCAGAUUCAGUGUGGCUGUCGAAUCCUUCCUCAAGACAGGGCGAGUUCCUUCAUUGCAAGACGGAAAUGCUAGGGAGAAGAUAUUCAGUCCUCCUGGUUUGAAGGAGGGACCUAUUGUCCUUGGUCCAAGAUUUAAAGAUGCUUUUCAGGAUCCAAGUUCAUAUCUCGCCAUAGAGCCUUUCUUUGAAAAUGAGAGAUACUUAGUAACUUAUAACCCAUCAAAGGACAAAGUUUAUGCAUUGCUGAAGGACCAGGCUAAGGCGGAUGAUAUCCUGAAAGCAGCAUUCCAUGCUCAUGUUCUGCUGCACUCCGUACACUCAGCACAAGAUAGCCGUAGAUCUUCCUCUCAAAAGGUUCACGAUCAGGACAAAACCUUGAGCUACAUUCUGUCGAAUGCAGACCUUGGUGAUCGUAUUGCUGAGUCAUGCAAGAUGGUAUCGACCCUUUACGGUCCUUUCAAAAGUAAAGCCGCCGAACAGGGUUGGAGGAUGUCAGACUUGCUUCUAAAUCCUGGGCGAGCUCGGCUUGUUACCACCGGUUAACUGGCCUAAUCGGAUGAUCAAUCUCCCAGAAAAAGUAUAUAACAGACAUAAAGAACACAAAGAAACUAACCGUGUGAUGGCAAGGCAAGGCAAGGCGAACGAGGGAGGCAAGGGCAGCAACAAGAUGAACCAGAGGAGCUGCGGCCUCCUCGUAUGUAUAACAGUAUAAGCUUUGGCAAUUUCUGCCGACUCCAUGCCACCAAGAGAAAAAAAGGCUCUGGCUUUUGGUGGAUUUUGGGUUGAUGGGAGUCAUUCUGAAGAUGGGUUUUGGUUUGGUGAAAGAAAUGAGAGAAUCAUAAGUGCCGACAGAGUAGUAAGCACACUGGAUCUGUGACUGUGAGUAGUAGUAGUACAGUCAGAAGUAGAACUGUAGAAGUACAUAGAGAAGAUGACUAACCCAGGAGGAGGAGACGCAGGCAGAGCAUAUUGCUGAACUGAAACACUCUUCCAUUCCUCUUUUCUGUUACUUUCCCCGCGGGUUGUUUUGCUGUUCUUUUCUUCUGGUAUCUGUCCUCAUUUUGGUUCGCUUCUCAAUGUUUCUUCUCCUUAUCCUUUCUUGAUGGUUUAUGGCAAUGGGUUGAUCCAUGCUCAAGCCCAUCUCCGAUUCGGUCCGGUUCUCGACCGAACCACGCCACGCCCACCACCAUUCCUCUUUGUUACCAGACAAAGCCAGCACGGAAAUCUGGGUCGUCUGCUUGCUUGCCAUCCUUGCUUCCUGGACUACUGAAAGUGAGUGAAAGAGAUUGGUGAGUUGACGGGUCGGGUCUAUUGUACACCCAUCGUUUUACUCUACAGAUUAGGAGCUUGCAGAGCUGAGUGAUGGUCUAUUACAGAGUAGCUAAGGGUAGGGUGAAAGGGAUCAGGUGGUGAGUCCUAUUUACAUUACAGUACAGUCAGUGCAGCAGUAAUUUAAUAAGUCAAGCUGCUGGUGGUAGUGGUGGACUGGUGGUGGGUUUGAUUCAGUGCAGCAGUGGUUGUUUAGAAAAAUCAUAAAUUUGCUCGUUGGUUGGUUCAGAAUAUCAUGCAGAGGGUUCUCUGCUUCGUCAUGUCCACUCUUACCUUUCACCUCAAAAUUCGCCUCCAUCAGUAUUCUGUAACAAUGUCAGUGUAGUGUUUUUUGCUAGAGGUGCUAGAUAUUACAAUCCUUUUUUGGAGGACAGUGCAAGAUGAGUUAUCCGU